UUCUUUCACUGAAUUCUCACUUUCUCUCAUCAAUGGCGUCUAUUAACUUCAAUCCCUUUGGGGAGAACUGGUUUAAGAAGCCACCAAACCCUCUGCAACCUAUAAACUUCCAUUCUUUUGCAGAAUCCAUAAACCCAUUCAAACACCAAACUCAAUCCGAUUCAUUUUCUUCACCUUUUGCAGCCAUCUCCAUUUCCAACCCAUUCAAGAAAAUACCCGAUCCUGAUCCCGAACCUCAAAGACCCAAACCCGGUACCUACAAGAAAAUGCUCGAACAGUUCUAUUGGGAAUCAGAAAAUCGACCCGACUACCGUCACACACCAGAAGUUGAAAAAAUUCUGAACGAAGACCCAUUAUUUGAAAAGAAAGAGAAUCCGACCCAAGAAGAGAUUGAAGAAAACGAGAGAUGGAUGAAGGAAUUUCGUGAGAAUCCGGUUGUCCAGUUCAUGGCCCGAGCAGAGGAGAUUGCUGAUGAGCUUAAUGAAAUGGAGCUCAAAGCGAAUUCGGCUCCGUAUAGGUGGGAGGAUAAGAAGUAUUGGCAGUCGAUUCCGCACGUGAUCGGGCCGGACGGCCGGCCAAUGCCGAGGAAAGCAAUAAGGAGUGUGAAGGAAUCGGACGAUAAGUUUUGGGAUUUUGCUAAGCAGUUCUUUUUCGGGUUGUGGGGAUUCAGGCAACGGCCAUAUCCUCCCAGCCGGCCAAUUGAUGUUGCUCAGGCGGUUGGAUACAAGAGGCUGGAGAAGAGAUAUUAUGAUUUUAUCAUGAGGUCGGGUGGAUUUUUCUACAAAGAUCGGAUAGGUCGAACACGAGGACCUUGUGAACUUAUACAACUUAAGACGGCUUGGGGUGCCGGAAUCAUCGAUAAAUAUACUUUCAUUUGGGGUGAAGACUUGGACGAGUGGGUCCCAAUUGGAGCACUUUAUGGUAUGGAGCGCGCAAUCGCCACUUGGGAAGUGAGACUAGGUGCUGCGGCUACUGCUUUCAUACACAAGCUACAAAAGGGUAUACCUCCAUGGGUCCCACUAAAAGGGUUCGAGAAUAAAAGCCGGAAACAACUUCAGGAUGAAGCAUAUGAAAGCAAGAGAAGGGAUAUGGCUGUAUUAGAAGCUAAUGAUGGAGUUUGGCCUGGUGUAAGAAUUCCUAGCCAUGCUCUGUUCCUUUGGGCCAGUGGCUCUGAACUCACAUCAAUCUUAGAAGAAGACCACAUGCCAAACAAAUAUAUUCCAAAAGAUAUGAGGAAACAGUUGAUUAAAGCUAUUCCGGGGUUGAGGCCGUGGGAGGUUUUAAGUGUUGAACAAGCCAUGGAUCAGAUAACAUAUGGCGGUAAUUGGUACCGUGAACGUCUUGGUACAUUUACGACCGGGCCGCCGUACAUUGAGGAGUAUUCUCAAGAUGUUGAGGACUUCAUGGAGGAAUACAUGAACUUCACGGAGGUGAUGGCCUACCAAAUAAAACGUAUGCUUCCCGGGUUCGGUAAGUUAUUGGCUAAAGUACGUAGAGAAGCCGCGGAGAGAGCCAAAAAAAAGGCAGAAAGAGGAAAACAGAAGAUAGAAGCAGCCAAGCGGGCAAAACGCCCACAAAGACCCGAUGACGACGACGAUGAUUUCUGAGCACAUCUGUUUUUCUUUAAAAAUCGAUUCUGUUAGCUGUAUGUCAUCACUAUUACACAUGAAAUUUGUAGCGAUGUUUGUAAAUCGAAUUUGUGUUCAAUUUCUGGUGGAUAUUGCAUCUACAUAACCAAAGUUUUGCUACAA